AUAGAGAGAGAGAGAGAGAAAGAGAGAGAGAAAUUUGAAGAUACAGCAAAGAAAGGAAGGUGGGAAGAUGUUGUGUUUGAUUCUCUGAAUGUAAUGUAAAAACCAAGGCAGAGACAUACCCCAUUUCCCUCUCUCUUCCUUCAUUCCUUCUUGAUUACCUACUACUGAAAACUCCAUUUCAUCCCACCACCACCAUUUCAUUUUCUUCUUUUCCCUUUCUCUUAACUCGUUUAAUCCAAGAACAAUGCCUAGAAUCCCAUCAACAUUGCUCAGCCUUCUUCAUUGGGAGUUUUGUAUUUGACUGCACUAAAUGUCGGUUAAUUGAAAGAGAGGAGCUCUGGAAACUGGAUACGUUGUUUCAUUUUUUUGACUCAGCUGAUAACUGAGUCUGCAACAUUGAUCGUAAGCAAUUCAGUUUUUGUUUUUCUUGUAUGUUAGAGGAAAAAAGAAAUGGCACCUGAUCUAAACACAACACUUUCCAAGAAGACGUUUGUUUUUGGUAUGAAGGUAUGGGUGUUUACUGGAAUCUUGGUGGGGGUGUUUAUUGUAAUAGUCCUUGUGGUUCUAUCAAUAUGUGUGGUUACUUCACGAAGAAAAUCUAGAAGGGUAAGUGGGAUGCUUCCUCUCAACCGUAUUUCCAUUGCGUCAAAGGAAAUCAAGGAGAUUGGAGUGGAUCAUGUUUCAGCAAUCCAGCACGGCUCCAUCCCCCACGAUGGAUUCGACACGGAAUCGGAAAAAGUUCUUUUGUAUUCGAACAAGGCAUAUAAUUACAGCAUAUCAAGCUCAGUUGAUAACACAGAGAUAUACGCUAUUGGCUCUGGAGAAGGAAGCAAGGAAGCAAGUGUUUUGCAUAGACCUUCAGAUUCAAUACCACCGGAUCCUUCGCCACUCGCCGGUCUGCCAGAAUUCUCACAACUGGGAUGGGGUCACUGGUUCACCUUAAGAGACCUGGAACUUGCAACAAUGCAGUUUGCAAAUGAUAAUAUAAUUGGGGAGGGAGGAUAUGGAGUUGUUUAUCGAGGUCAUCUAAUCAAUGGGACACCUGUGGCUGUCAAAAAACUUUUAAAUGUAGGACAAGCGGAAAGGGAAUUCAAGGUGGAAGUAGAAGCGUUUGGGCAUGUGCGACACAAGAACUUAGUUCGGCUGCUGGGAUACUGCAUUGAAGGAACACAUAGGAUGCUAGUAUAUGAGUAUGUAGAUAAUGGAAAUCUAGAGCAGUGGCUUCAUGGAGCUCUAUGUCAUCAUGGAUAUCUCACUUGGGAAGCAAGAAUCAGAAUUCUCCUUGGGACUGCUAAGGCAUUGGCAUAUUUGCAUGAGGCAAUCGAGCCAAAAAUCGUGCAUCGAGAUAUCAAGGCGAGCAACAUAUUGAUUGAUGAUGAGUUUAAUGCAAAGCUAUCAGACUUUGGGCUAGCUAAAUUACUCGGUUCUGGGAAGAGUCACAUUACCACCAGAGUUAUGGGUACGUUUGGAUAUGUGGCACCAGAAUAUGCCAAAUCUGGACUUCUAAAUGAGAAGAGUGAUGUUUAUAGUUUUGGAGUGGUCCUUUUGGAAGCAAUUACUGGAAGAGACCCCGUCGAUUAUGGUCGCCCAACACACGAGGUAAAUUUGGUGGAUUGGCUAAAGAUGAUGGUGGGAAGCAAACGGUCAGAAGAGGUGGUAGAUCCAAAUAUAGAGAGAAAACCAUCAAUUAGUGAACUGAAGCGAGUUCUUUUGACUGCUUUGAGGUGUGUGGAUCCAGAUGCUGAUAAGAGGCCUAAGAUGAGCCAAGUUUCUCGCAUGCUUGAGUCUGAAGAAUAUCCAAUUCGUCGACAGGACCGAAGACCCAGAAAGGGCCAUGCUACUGCGACCAAAAAGGAAGCUGAGAAACAGGAGAGAGGACCAAGACGACACAGAUAAGAUACAGACAAUGAGUCUUUCAAAUGUGAAAGAAUGAAUAGAUGCAUAAAAUAGCAGCAUGUAAGUUUCAAACUUCCAAAUUCCCUGUGGAGGUUGGUCACUCCAGUAGAGCAAGCAGGGAAGAGAAAUGAUUUGGUGGUGUUCCCAAUCCCAAUCAUUGUUUUAGUGUACAGUUCCAUCUUUGCAUUGCUGGCUUUGAAACAGAUCCAAAGUUUUUGUAACUUUUUUUCUCUCUUGAGGUGGCAUUAUUUGCUCACUUUACCAUUCAGGUAUUGAAUGGUCAAUGUUCAUGAGGACCAAUAGUAGAAAAGUUCCAGAUGUAGUAUAUUCUAAGUUAGAUCACAUUUCUAGUCUUUAUACUUGGGCUCUUCAAUGUUUCCUUUAAUACACUUCUUUUUUGUAAUACAAUGACCUGGGCUUUGAGUUCUUGAAAUAUAACGAUAAAUUUCAAUGAUUUAGUCUUUUGUAAUGACUAAAUCCCGAUGGUAGAACUUAGAAAACGCAUGCAUUUCAAAUGCUCAGUAUCAAGUACACUUAAUCCAAUCUAAUAAGAUAUAAAAAUAAAUUUAUCCCUCUAAACCAUUCUUUGUUUUUUUUUCGUUGUAAUGUUCAGGACUAGAUACAAACAGACAAUAAACAAUAGAAUGACAAAAGCGAAAAAAUAAAUUGAUGUAACAUAUAAAAUCAGUAUUGCUUUAACCGCAUUCUCUCUAACCUGCCAACCUUGAAGAAGUUAUGAUGGAUCAACAUGGAGAGCGGAACAGCUCUUUCUUGUCCACGAUCCCUAUCUAUCGAUUCACUAACGAGAAACAAAAUAACAGAACAGAAACGAACAACACAAAGACUACGAUCUUGCAAGCAAAGAUUUAACCUAAAAGAGCAGCGCAGCAAAAAAACAGAGUCGGAAUAAAAAUUUGUAGGGAAGAGAUUGAGUUACUGGCUGUGUGCGAUGGGGACAGAUGGUACUCGGUGAUGCUGAGGAACAUUCAAUAUAAAUGGCGAGAUUCAAAGGAGAGCUUGGACUUGAUCCGCCAUUGUUGUUGUUGGGAAGAUUCGCCUUAGGUACCAUACCAGAUGGGGACAUGGAUCCUCUCAUUUCACUGUGCCAUAGGCGCCAGCGGGAAAUCUACAAGUCUCUCUCAAGCUCAAAAGAGGAAAGACGGCUCAAUAAAAUA